CAAUCUAGUGUGUCUAUAUUAUUAAUUAAAUCGAGUACCUUGCUUCUCAUUUCUCACCUUUCACACACCUCCACACACUCGUCGCAAGUGUAACAGCACACCUGCAAGAAACCUCGCGGGCAGCCAUGGCGCCUGACUCUUGCUGCUGUGGGUUGUGGAAUAGGAGGAAAGACGCUAAUCGCCACCCCACUGCAGAGAACAUAGAAGAAAAUGCUACUCCAAUUGAGGCAGCUGUCAGCACAGAAAAAGGUGUUCGGACGUUUUCUUUUGAAGAACUAGCAAUUGCCACUGAUUAUUUCUCCAUCAACAAUCGCAUUGGCACUGGUACUUUUGGUGAAGUUUUCAAAGGAAAACUUGAGAAUGAAACCGUUGCGAUUAAGAAGCUUAGAUCUCAGAAUAAAAAGGAGGAAGAGGAAUUUGCAAGAAGUCAAUUUAAGAAGGAGGCUGAAAUCCUCAGUGGCAUCGAUCCUCACAAAAAUAUUGUCAAGGUGCUAGGAUAUUGCAGUCAUGAUGCCAAUAGAUUGCUUGUUUAUGAGUUUCUUCCCAACAACUCAUUGCUUUCUCAUUUGCAUGGAAAUGAAAAGCCGACACUUAAUUGGUCAAACAGAUGGAAUAUUGCUUUAGGCAUUGCAGAAGGAUUAGCACAUUUACAUGACCAAUGUAAGCCCAAAGUUAGCCAUCGGGAUAUUAAGAGUGCUAAUAUUCUUCUUGAUGAUAAAUUUGUACCAAAGAUUGCAGAUUUUGGAAUUGCCAAAGAAUUUUUGAUUUCUGAUUCUCACACUUAUUCUGAGCCAAGGGCAUCUUAUUUUUAUGAACCUCCUGAGUAUUACAAAGUUGGUCCAGAAAGAAGGAAGCUAACUGCCAAGUCUGAUGUCUUUUCCUUUGGUGUUGUUCUUUUGGAAUUAAUUACUGGGAAAUUUGCCCAUCUUGGAAACAAUGUUUACUUAGUUAAUUGGGUAGUUCCUCGACUCAAACAAGUUUUGGACACAGACAUACUAGAUUUGGAUUCAGAAAAUUAUAAUAAUCUUGUUGAUUCCAAAUUGCAAAAAAAUUAUGAUAUAACACAAAUGAAUCGAAUGAUUUGUUGUGCUGCAGCUUGUGUAUAUAAACCUCCAGAAUCACGUCCUAAAAUAAGUGAGAUAACUGGCGUGUGAAGGCCAUUAGAAGAAAGACAACUGGAACCGAAAUAAUGAGGUACCUGCGCCAUGUGCCUCGCAGGUUCAAGAGUGGUUUUAGAGAAGCAGCACCGAGGAAGAAGGGAGAAGCAACAUCUGCUUAAGGCUAGAGGGCUAUUGCCGGCAGAAUUCAGAUAUCCUGUUACAGAUUCAGUCGACAAUUAUGUGUUGGGACAAAUUUUUAAGAGAGCAUUGUUUGAUGGUUAUUCACUUUUGAUGCUAUUUAGUCCAUCGCAGUUUGCUUUGUAGUUGUAUUUGAUCUUUAAGAGGGAUUUUAAGACUAUAGUGAUGGGCUUGGGUCCCUCCUAUGUGGAAAGCCCAUUUUGUUGAAGUCCACAAUCAUUUUGGCCCA